CCUGCACGCAACAAGUCCACAACACCGACCGUGACAAAGGCUUGAUCGCUGACUUCUUCCAUCUCCUGUUGUCCGUGAAGAGGAGGCGAUUGUUAAAAUCAAAGGCGGCCUGCAGAAGGUGUGUAAAUGUGGCUUCACCCCCGGGGCCAGCCACCACCACACCGGCAAAAAAAAAAAAACAUGCCGCUCGGGGUCUUCAACGGCAGCGGCGGCAGCAGCCCGGAGGAGCUCUUCCGGAGCAUCCCGCCCGUCUCCAAGGUGCUGAUAGUGGGGAUGGUGGGCACGAUUUUAUCCGUCGUGCUGGGCGUUUGCUCCCCCUACCAGUACGCGCUCUCGUGGCCGCUGGUCUGGAACAAGUUCCACCUGUGGCGGCUCUUCACUUCGGGCAUGUUCCCGGGAACGCCCAGCUACGAAACCCUCAUGUUGAUGAUCUCCAUGGGAAUGUUCUCGAUAAGGUACGAGAAGGACGGGUUCAGCAUGGGCGGCGGCGGCGGCAGCGCUGACUACGCGUACAUGCUCCUCUUCGGCUUCGUGGGCAUCGAGACCUCGCUGCUGCUGCUCUUCUACCAGCCCUUUAUGAUCUUUACGACAGCGAUCAUGUUCUACAUCUGCUACGUCUGGAGCCGGAAAAAUCCCGGCAUGUCGGUCAGCUUCUGGGGCAUUAUCAUAAACGCUCUGUACGUCCCCUGGGUGAUGGUCGCGUUGAGGGUGGUUCUCGGCCAUAGCAUCUUCAUGGCCCUCCUCGGCAUCGCGGUAGGCCACCUCUUCUACUUCCUCGUGGACGUGCUGCCGGACCUGCACGACAUCGAUCUGCUCCAGACACCCCAGUUCCUGGUCAACAUGCUGGGCUGGGGCCACGAGGGAUCGGGUGUCACGAUGCAGGCAGGUGGCGGCGGGGCGGCGGCGGGUGCCGGGGCAGGGGCUGCCGGGAUGCCCGCCCCGGGUGCCGUUCGACCGCCGCGGGACAUCCCGCGAACCGGGGGAGGGUCGGGUUGGGGGACCGGGAGGACGCUAGGCUCUUCCUGAUCUGACCUCGAAGAACCCACCGAAGAAAAGCGAGCCUUUCGCUGUUCAGACUGUGUGGCAGUUUGCCGUUCUGAACAGUGAAAUAUUUCGGGCCGACAUGUGUAACAUUCCGUGCACGCACGGUGGGGGUGGGUGGGCACGCUUGCACUGCCUCUUGUCGGCAACGAUGUCUCUGUAAAUCACGCUGCGUGGAAUCCGGUCGAGGUAGUGUCGCCACUGAUGAGGGUGGAGAUACUCUAGGCGUGUCCCACGGGGAACUCUUUCUGUCGUCGUGAGACGAAAGCGACUCUCUUGUACAAGGCCCAAUCGUUUGUUGCGGGGAGCGCCGGUGGGCGAAGCUUUGAAACGAUGGAAAUGAUGGGUCGUUGGCGUGUUUCGUCUUGCAAGGGUGGGCGUUCAUUCAUGUCUCGUUUUAUUUCGUGUGUAUUCUAAUCUAGAACGUGGGUGUCUUGCUAGCGGGGGUAGUUAUCGACGUUGUCCCUUCGUGUCCGCUACAGCCGGUCAGAGUCAGCCCUUCUGGCUUCCCACUCAGUCACGCGGCUUACCUAGUUUCUCGAGCCAUGAGGCGGGGCGGAAGCACUCUGGGACCAAGGAGCAAAAGGUUAUGUAUAUCAAAACGAAGAUAAAAACAGGGAUGUAUUUGUGCAUGUACCCGAACAACUGGGACCACAAGUUUUGAACACCGCAAAACUUCCAUCCUUCAACUGCGGCGCCUUCGAACAUCAAUGCACGCCAAGUAAUCAACACAAACAAUGAAGAAAACACUACACUGUUCUCCUACCGAGUGGCAGGCGCUGUCGCUCAGUGUCGCUUCGACCUCCUUUGCCUAAUAAAGAACAGAGGUAUCUGUUUUCACCCCUGCUUGACUACGCCGUCCCUGGCUAAACGAAAUCAAUGCCAUGCCGAUCCAAAUGCAUAUCCAUAUUCAGGGUGCUGCCUCUUGCCUGCCUGAUACCUCACAUUCUCUCCUACAUGCACACCAACUCCUGCGGACAUGCUGCGAGGAGUUUGCAGCAAAAAUUAUGAAAAAAAAAAAAAACUCUCCCAAGUCAGCAAAUACAGAAGACACAAGGACAAACGACACACGGAAUUGUCAAAAUAGCCCCAGCACCCACAUUUUCACACUGGCAACCUGCAUUAUCUCCGCCGUCUCUCGGGGAAACAACAAAACAUCCGCAAACAGCCGUCAUCGCACGGUGUGUUGUGCAUUGAACGCGACUGUUCACCAAGCGAGGGGCCACUCCCCAAGCCCGGUAGGUACAAUGCUUCGAGCCGUUGCUCUGUCGACGGAAGAUUUUACCCUACACACCCACAAUGCCCGAGAACAUACAAUAGUCUUUGGUAAAAAUCUUCACAGCCACCAUACACGAGAGAGAGAUAGAGAGAGAGAGAGAGAGUUUGCUGGGAGACAAUGGAUGACAGAAACAGGGGGCGACAUCUU